CAUCCCAUAGGGCAACGCAUGUACUCUCGUCUCACCCACAGUCGUGUGUAAGGCGUGAUGCACCAUGUCUUCAGUCGUUAGCGACGAUGAUGCCGAAGUUUUAGAUCUGGUUACGUGCAGCGUUUGUUUAUGCGAAUUCGACGACGCUAACCGUAAACCGAAAUUCUUACCUUGCGGACAUACCAUUUGUCUUACGUGUCUCGCGGAAAUUCAACGGAAUCGGCAGAUCCAAUGUCCACUCUGUCGGAAAGUUCACGCCCAUUCAGGUGAUGUGGCCAAUUUGCCGAGCAACAACUACGCCUUACGGCUUGUUCGAGAGAAAAACCAAAACAAAGCAUCACACGAAUCGUUACUCAAGCUUCAAGCUGAACUGGAAGAAAUGAAGGAUCGACGACAAACCAAUAGACCAAGAUCGGAUGCUGAGUUGCCAAGGCUGAAUUCCGACCUGCGGUAUUUGUCCUCUCGGGCCCUAUAGGAGGGAAAUGAAAAAUAAUAUAUUUAAUUAAGUUGUAGUUA